GGCGUCGCCAGGCUCGCUGGGCACGCCGGCGUCGACGGCGCGCCUGCGGCCCUCGUACGCCGCCCGCAGCCCGCCGCCGCAGCAGCAGCAGCAGCACUCGUCGGCGCUGCGCUCCACGUCGGGCCCGUCGGGCAGCGCGUGGGCCAACGGCUCGCUGCCGCACUCGCAGUCCGCCACGUCGCUCUCCAACUCGUCGUCGUCGUCUUCGUUCUUCACGCACGCGCGCUCGCACAGCGCGACGAGCACGCCGCCCGACGCCGGCGCCUUUCUGCCGCAGUACGCACAGCAGCCGGCUAUGUACGGCAAUGCCGGGCAGAUGCCGCACGCGCUGCAGAUGCAGAUGCAGCAGCAGCAGAUUGCCGUCAUGCAGGCGCAGUACGCGCAACACCAGCAGCAGCAGCAGAUGCAGCAGCAGCAGCAGCAGCAGGCGGCGGGUCAGAAGCGCAAGGAGAGCCCGGGCAACGAGCCAAACGGCCGCGACACGCGCGACAGCUCGCAGGGCCGCGAGGCCUCGGGCAGCAGCGGCCCGGGUACGGCGGCGGCUGCAGCAGCUGCUGCGGCGGCGAAGCGCAUCAAGACGGCGCGCGCCUGCGACUCGUGCCGCCGCAAGAAGAUCCGCUGCGAUGUCAUCGAGGACGGCAGCCCGGCCACGGGCGACCCGAACAACGGCAACGGCGGGCUGACGUGUGCGCACUGCCGGCAGUAUGGCUUUGAGUGCACCUUCUUCCUGCCCAUCACCGAGACGCGCUUCAAGAAGAAGCACGAGCGCGAGCGCGAGGAGGCCGCGCAGAUGGCAGCCGCGCAUGCGCUGGCACAGUCGCGCGCCGGUCUCGCUGGCGGCAUGUACCCGAGUGCAGGUGCACCGCGCCUGCCAGUGCCCGGCAUGCCCGGCUCGCUGCCGCCGCUGAGCGGCAUCGCCGGGCGGUACGCCGGCUACGGUGUGACCUCGGGCCUGUCGCGGCUCGAUUCUCAGGGGCCGCUGAAGAUUCUGGCGACGCAGGAGUGGCCACCAAGAAGCGGAUCAGACUAUGCUGGCUCGGGUCCGCCAGCUGGCUUUGCGUCCAGCUCGAGCCCGCGCGCGUCUAUCAAGGCUCCGCGACCGUCGCAUCGCGAGAGCGGAAGCGCCAGUCCAGGCCCGCCGCCGAGCGACACGCGCGUGCUGGGCCCGACAUCCAUCGCAUACAUCGUGCACUCGACUGCGUUUGUGCCCGGCGCCGCGAUUGAGGCGCACGACCUCAAGCACCACCAGACGUUCGAGGUCGGCGCGUCUGGCGACGGCAUCAUCAAGUUCCACCGGCCGCCGCGCCUGCCCGGCUCGCCUGCUCCAGACGCCGACGAGGGCGAUGUGCCGAUUUUGCUGCCCAAGUCGCUGCGCAACCGCGUGGCCGCCGACGUGCUUGACCAGCUGGCCGCAACGUACUUUUCGCGCCUCGGCUUUCUGUUCCCCAUCGUGACGCCCGGCGAGUUCUUCAGCCUCAAGCCGCCGCCGCCGCUGCUGCUCUACUCGAUCUGCGGUAUUGCCGCGCUGAGCCGCGACGUGCCGAACGACGUGCUCGGCUCGAUCAAGCUGGUGCUGAACCGCCUGUUCCGCGAGAAUGACGUCGCGAGCAGCUCGAACAUCAUGACGGUCAAGGCGCUGCUCAUCCUGAGCCUGCACAGCGACCUGCAUGCGCCGACGAAUGUGCAGGGCGGCACGCGCUGCUGGAACCGCACCGGGACUGCCAUCCGGAUGGCGCAGGACCUCGGCAUGCACCGCGACGCCUCUGGCCGCGACGACGUCGACGAGGACUCGUACUAUCUCGAGGAGAAGCGCCGCAUCUGGGGCUGCUGCGUGACGGCCGACCGGUGCAUCUCGAUUUCUCUUGGCCACCCGCUCGCGAUCGACCUCACCGACUGCGACGUGCGGCUGCCUUCGCCGCACGAGAUCCUGAAGCACGAGGGCGCGCCCAAGUCGCACCCCGACCUCGAGCAGCCGUUUGCCUACAACACGGAGAUGCUCAAGCUGAGCAUCCUAUUUGGCCGCGUCAUGAAGACGAUCUACAGCCCGACGGGCCUGAUGAAGACGAACGACGAGGAGAUCGUCGGGCUGCUCACGGACAUCGACACGUGGAAGGAGUCGCUGCCGUCGGAGCUCGUCUUUACGGGGCCGGAGUGCGCGGCGUCUGCGGGCGUGCUGCACGUCGCCUUUGCGUGCCUGCAGCACCUGUUCUUCCGCGUCUUCAUGCGCAUCUCGUACAAUUGCCCGCAGCACCUCUCGUUCAGCCUCAACAUCGAGCGCAUGACGGCCAUGAUCAAGGCGGCGCGCGAGGCCAUUGAGUGGGUCGACCGCAACCCGUACUACCUCGACACGAUGCAGUUCGUCUCGUACUGCCUCGUCUUUUGCGCCACGCUGCAGUACCACGCCUGGCUGCGGCGCGGCGAGCAGAAGGCGCUGGCGACGCUCAAGAAGUGCAAGGAAUGCGUCACGCGCUUCAAGCGCGAGGGCGCGCGCGAGGAGCUGACGCUGCGUGCCAAGACGGCCGAGGUCAUCACGCUGCUGUACGAGGCGGCGCUGGGCGCGUACGCCGACUCGGCGGCGGCGCCGAGCUCGGGCGCGCUGAACCCGACGGCCGGCGUCAGCAACAAGCGCACGGCGGACACGGUGCGCGGCAUCGUGUUCAAGCCCGACCAGAGCAAGCCCGGCGGCGGCGUGUACGUGGCUGCCGACCGGCGUCUGCUGCUCAACGACUUGCCGACGGGCACGAUUCUGCUGCACGAGACGGAGGCGGGCCGCGUGCCGGCGCUGAUGCGCACGACGGCGCAAGACGGCACCAGCGCGUGGCAGACGCUGCCCGGUGGCAGCACCGCCAAUGGCCUGGAUGGCCUCUCGGCGUCUCCGCUUUCGAAGCCGCCGGCCGACUUUACGCACGUCGCUGGCGACGUGUGGACGGACGCGCAGGGCGCGGCCGUCGACCGGCGAGGCGAGCGGCUCGUGACGAUGAUCCCCGUCGGCGCGGCGCAGAACAUGCUGCAGCUGCAGGGCGCCUGGAACAACAACGGCGCGCAGGCCGGGCAGAUGGUGCAGGCGCUGCCGGACGCAACGCAGCAGGACGCAGCCUCCUCUGAGCUCUUCCCCCGGCGGGGCUCCAACGGCCUCUCCGCGCUCAACCUCAACCUCAACCCGCACCUCAACGACGCAGCCUGGGCCAGCACGCUUGCCGCGCUCGGCGACGCGUACACCUUUGACGGGCAGAACCUGGCGCCGAUGCCCACCGGCGGCAGCGUCACGGGCGGCACGGGCAACAUGGAGCCGCUGUUUGACUUUGGCAUGGACUUUGCCAGCUGGGCGCAGCAGCUGGCGGUCGUCAAUGGCGCGUCUGCCACGUCUGGCGCCGAGGCGCAGGGCGGCACGGACGCCUCGCGCCCGGCGAACCCGACGCUCGGCUCGAUUGCGGGCGGCGACUUUCGAUGAAUGAGCAGACACGGCGGCGCCUUUCGCCAGUGGUCCCGUGCCCUCGCUCCAGUUUCCAGCUCCCGUCCUCUGCCACACCUGAGCGCCUGCAUGCCCGGCGCAUCUCUUUCUCUCUCCACGUCAUCUGCUGCUGUAGCUAUAGGACCGAACCGAGCGCCCGUCGCUCUGCAUUCCCAAUUCGUGCAUAAU